AUGAGCUUUAAAUAUUUCACAGAUGAGUUUUUAGAAGAAUUUUCAGGAGGAGCAGGAGAUGUAAAUAUACUAGAAGCAUUAGAUUCAUAUGAUUCAACUAAUUCUGAAACAGAAGAUGAAAUUGUAUUUUUAUAUACUGAAUUAAUUUUAUCAUUGGAAGAAGAUAAAAUAAAAAUUGAACAUUUAAUUGAUUUCUUGAAUGAAACCGUUAAAAAUGAUGAUUUUGCAAGAAUUUUUUGUCAAGUGUUAAAUUCAUUCCCAGUUAGUGAAAACUUGAAAAACUUAUUAAUAUCAUUAUAUAAAUCAGAAAAAGUUAUCAAACUUGAUACAAUAGCUUCAUACAUAGGUACGGAUUUUUUAAAAGAAGCAGGAAUUGUACCAGGACAAACUUUGUCCAAAUCAUUAAAUUCAAAGUUAAGAGAUAAAAUAUAUACUCAAAAGAAAUAUAAUUUAUUAAUUGAAGAAAUUGAAGGUUAUUCUAAAUUUGUUAUUGGAUUACAUGAAAUACUUUCGAACGAUAAUGCAGAAUUUCAAAUUGAUUAUGCAUUACAAGUUACAGAGUCAUUAAUUGGACAUUAUAGUUUAGAUCCUAAUAGAUGUUUAAAUAUUGUAUUGGAUAUUUGCACUAAUAAUGUAGUACGGAAUUGGAGAGCAGGUAUACAAUUCUUGAAAAAAAGUCGAUGGUGGCCAAGUAUGGAAGGUGAUUAUUCAUCAUUAAGUACAUUAUCAAAUGGAGGAAACAUUAAUGCAUCUAAAGUAAUUGGUUUACAACUUUUGGAUUUUUCACCAUUGAAAGAUCUUUCAGAGAAUUCUAAAUUAUUUAUGACUAUUUUAGUUAGAGAAGGAUUCAUAAGUUUUGGAUCUUUAUACAAAUAUUUACGUCCAGAUGAUAAUGCUAUGAAAGAACUUGAAAAUGAACAUAAUAAGAGAUUGGAAGAGGAGGUUCUAAAAGCAGGUGCAAACGCAUUAGCGUUGGCCGCCCCACUAGCGGAUGAUGAAGCUGAAGUUAAAACAGAACCAAAAGCUAAAACUUUUUCAAGAGAGCCGAAACUUACUUUUGAAGAGAAAUUAAUCCUCAAUUUAAAAUUUCAAUUUUUAAAGCUAUGUUUAACAAAUGGUUUAUAUUGGCCAGCAAUAUAUAUACUUUCGGAAUAUCCAUUUCUUGCAACAGUUGAUGAUGAGAUUAAACAGUUAUUAUGUAAAGUCUUUAAUGCAAUUAUUAAUGAUUUAUAUGAGCAAGUUAAUGUUAGAAAUUUAAAAGGAGAAGAUGUUGCAAAAUUUAAAGCUUCAAGAGGAACUGCAUUUUCUCGUCCAGCAAAUAAUGUUGUUAUUGAUAACACACCACCACAACAAAUUAGUACUUUUAGGUUUUUGUCAAAAGACUAUCCAGGAAAACUGUUUGUCUAUAUUGUGGAUAAUUGGGCAGAUCGUUUACCAAAGGUAGAUGACUUUAAGUCUUUAUUCAAAGUAUCGAAAGAAUUUCUCAAGUUUAUUGGCACCAAUUUAUCAAGGGACGUUACUACAUUUAUAAAAUUAUGUGUUGUAGUUCGUUCAUUUCAAAAGAACGAAGAAUAUCUGGAAGAGAUCUUUCAUUAUUUCAGAAAUUUUAUUUUCCCUGUCAUGCCUUUAUUAGAUCAUAAUUCAUUUGCAAUUGAUGAAGCUUACUCAAUAUUAGCACAAUACCCACUUGAAGAUAGAUUUAGUGUUUAUGGAGAAUUAUAUAAUAAUCUUAGAAAGAACAACACGUACAUCAAAAUUGCAUAUAGUGUUGCAGAAAAAAACACCAAAGAUGUAUUAAAAAGAUUGUCAAAAGAAAAUGUCAAACCAAUGAUGAGAAGGUUAGCUAAAAUUUGUUCAUCUAAUCCUUUGCCUUGUUUAUUAACUAUUUUACAACAAAUCGAGAGUUACGAUAAUUUGAUUUCAUUAGUUGUUGAAACUGCUAAAUACUUUAAUGAAUAUGAUUGGGAUAAUUUAACUAUUGCAAUUUUAAUUAGAUUAAGUUCAGAUAGAAGUUCAACACACGAUAAUGGUAUGGUUGAACGUCAAUGGUUGCAAUCACUUGCUUCUUUCAUUGGUAAAAUAUGUCAAUCAUACCCUAAAAAGAUUGAUGUUAAAACAAUUAUUUCAUAUUUAUUAAAAUCGUUUUAUUCUGGUGAUAGAAUUGGUCUAUUGGUUUUAAAAGAAAUGUUUAUUUCAAUGGGUGGGAUUCAAGCAACUUCAGAUUUAACUUUGAGACAAAUUGAUGCUAUCAAUUGUGGAUCAUCAUUACAAAAGAUCGUUUAUAGAACCAUUGAUGAUUUAAGAUACAAAAGAUUUGAUUCUGGUCAUCAUUUAUUAAAGUGUUUCAUUGAGUUAGAUGCUGUAAAUGAAUUGAUAGUUCUUCUUUGUUCAAUUUAUAAUGAAUUAGUAUUUGGAGAUGAGGAAUAUCAUUUAAAAGUUUUAGCAAGCCGUGCAGACGACAUAAGCUCAGUCAUUAAAUUAUUCACAACGUUAGUUUCAUUUUUCGGAAAAGGUGAAGAUUCUCAUUUAAUGCCAAUUGAUGAGUUACAUAAUAUAUACAAAGUUCCUAUUUCAUAUGCAUUUGACUUAUGGAGAUCAAAAAAAGAUAAUUUUGAGGUAAUCAAAAGUCAGGCUCAAAAAGUUUGUCCUGAAGAAUUUUCACCUAGUUUGUUUACUGCUUUUUGGUAUUUAAGUUUAAGCGAUAUCAACUAUUCGGAAUCUUUAUAUGAUGAAGAAAUGGCCAAAUUAGAAUCCAGUUCAAAAGGGUUGAAAGAUGCAAUAAGACUAAAUGCAAGAGAUGUGGAUUUUCCAAUUGCAACUCUUGAUAAAUACGACGAUGAAAUCAAUGAAAAUUCUAAAUAUAUUCAACAAAUUCCAAUUGACAAAUUAAAUCACAAGGAAUUAAAUGAAUCAGUAAAUAAAAAAUUACUAGAAUUAUCUACAGAUUGGUUCACAUCAACUGAAAAUACAAGUCAAAUUGAGAAAUUCGUCCAAUAUUGUUUAAUGCCAAAAGCAAUACAUUCUUCAUUUGAUGCAGUCUUUGCUGCCCGAUUUAUUUUCAAGUUGAAAGAGUUGAAAGUUGAGAAUUACCUGUUAGUUGAUGUGUUGGAUGCACUAGUGGCAUCAGGAUUAUUAUACGAUUCGUUAUUCUCCUCUACACCAUCAGAAGCUGAAAAUAUUGGUUACUUUUUCGCAGACAUUUUGAAACAUUUACAAGAUAUAAAUAAUGAAGAAAGUAUAAGGGAGUUAGAUUUAGGUGAUGUUGAUGAUUUCAAAAAUUGGAUAUUCAAAUUCCAUACAAGCAUAUUGGAACAAAUUGAUAAAAGUUUAGGAGUUGAUGAAUAUAUUUCAAGAAGUAAUGCAAUUGUGUUUUUGAAAAACCUAUUAGGUAUUUAUCCGGUUGUUGAAGAUCAUUGUGUCAAAUUAAUAACUUUAAUGGAAAAGGUUUAUGAAAAUGAUGAAAGAGAAGAUAUUAAAUUAGCUUCAGGUGCAUUACUUGGUCAUAUCAAAUCCAAAUCAAAACAAUGGAUACCAAUUUGGGAUUUCAUACCAAUGAGUGAUGAAGAAAAACAAAAGAUAUUAGAUGAAAGAGAAAAAUUGAAAAAAGAAAAAGAAGAAUUGGAGAAAAAAGCUAAGGAAGAAGAAGAGAAAAGGAAAGAAGAAUUAAAUAAAGAGAAAGUAGCUAAAGAAGAAGAAGAAUUAAGGAAAAGAAAAGCAGCAUCAGCUAUAAAUUAUGAUGAAUCAAAAACUUCAAGAGGUAGACCCAAUCAUAGAGGUCAAUUAUCAUCAGGUACUGGUAAAUAUGAUGCUUACCAAUCGACUGAGAAAGGAAAACAAGUAGAAGAUUCUACUGAGAAAUCAAAAGAUGGAGAUAUUGAAAAUGAAAGAUUACAAAGUGCUGAAGAUGUAGGUGAUAAUGAAUCUAGUUCAACAAAAUCACUGCAAAUUAAAGAAAGAUUGUCUCAAUUAAAAUCAGACUAUCAUAAAUCUUCAUCAACGGAACCAAAAGAUGUUGAGAUGGAAAUUUUAGAUGAUGAUGACCAAAAUAAUGCCAAAAACUCACCAUAUGACGACCAGCAACCAGAUAGAUCCCACGAAAAAGAUCAACUAGAAGAGAAAAAAGAACCUACUAAAAGUAGAACUGGAAGUAUUGAGGGAAAUGUCUUUGAAAAUGAAAAAGAUAAAACACCAACAAGUAGAAGACCAAGUUUUAGAAAAGAUCCUUCGCCUUCUCAACAAAAUGUACUUAAUAGAACCACUAGUCAAUCAGAUAUAAACCCAAAUAAAAGAAGAAAAUCAUUGUUAACACAAGAAGAAGUCUUGAGGAAAAUGGCAGCUGCAGAUAAAGAAUCUCAACAAUCCCCAUCAGUAACAAAAAGAGUUCCACUACCUCCACAAGGAAGAGUAUUUGAUGAAGAUGAAACUGCUGUAAGAUAUGAUUCAAGAGGUUUUCAUAAUAAUAUCAGUAAUACUAGAUCAAAUAAUAAUGAUUCAAUUCCACCACCUCCACCACCUCCAGUGACUUCAUCACAACCAGCAAAUUUCGGAAGAAGAGGUUAUAGAAAUGAUCAAAAUCGUCCAUAUGACAACAGAAAUAACAGAUAUGAUAAUAACAAUAAUAAUAAUAGACCACAAUACCAACAACAAUAUUCACAACAAGGAUAUGAUAACAGACCUCAACAUCAACAAAAUCACAGACAAGGUUAUGGUAAUAAUAAUCAUAACUCAAAUGGUGGACAAAAUGACACAAGAUCAAAUUAUAGAGCUCCAACAUAUGAUAAUAGAAAACCACAACCAAGAAAUAUGACACCUGAAUCACAAAAUCAAAUUAAUAAAAGAAGAGCAGAUGGUGGUCAAGGUGGUAGAUCUUAUGAUAAAAAACAAAAAUAUUAA